UUUCCCGUCAUAACCUAAUUUUUUUUUCUGCUCUAAAUAACGCCCAGAAAUUGCCCGCCAUCGAUUCUAAAAUUCUAAAAAUGCUGCAAAAGAGAACAGACUAGAAACAGAGACUGAGAAUGGAGACACGUGAAACAGAAAAAGCGCUUCCAUUUCAGCUUCAAUUCGACAAGCCCAUUGCUUCACAGAUAAGGCUAGCUCAAUGGAACCCAGAAAAGGAUCUUCUUGCAAUGGUUACAGAGGAAUCUAAGCUGCUUCUUCAUCGUUUCAAUUGGCAGAGACUCUGGACUAUAUCUCCUGGAAAGAUCAUUACAUCCCUAUGCUGGCGCCCAGAUGGAAAAGAAAUAGCCAUUGGGCUUGAAGAUGGAACCAUUUCAUUGCAUGAUGUGGAAAAUGGAAAACUUCUGAGAAGCGUAAAGUCCCACACAAUUGCUGUUUUAUGUCUCAAUUGGGAGGAAGAUGAAAAAAAGGAUGAGACCAGUAACAUAUCAAAUUAUGAAGACCGCACCUCACGUUUCUUUCCACCUCCCCCAAGAGUUCCCAGGAUGCCUGGACUUGUACCAACGGAUAGUAGUUUCAUGGAUGAGGCUGAAGAUACAUACAGAGAGCUAUCAAAUUCUUCAUAUCAGCGAUAUAACAUCUUAUGCAGUGGGGACAAAGAUGGAAACAUUUGUUUCAGUAUUUUUGGCAUUUUCCCAAUUGGGAAAAUUAAUCUACACGAUCUUAUUGUCGAUGGUGUGUUUCCGGGGAUCCAUGUGAAUAAACGACUCUUGAAUGCUUCCAUUUGUGAUGUUGCUAUGUCAAAAGAUCUUUGUCAUUUGGUAGUCAUGUGCAACGGAGACCUCUCCACAACUAGUGUUGAAGUUGGGGCAAAGCAGAUGCCUAGUCACCUGUUAACUGGGUUCCAUUGCCUUGUUCUUGACACUUCAAUUUUCUCCAAAAGGAAAAAUGAGCUUUAUCAGGUGGCUCAACAGGCUUCUAACAUUGACGAUUUAGGUGAAGUUAUUCGGGCAUCACUAUCGGUCAUGUCUAAGCAGUGGUCUGAUGCCAUGCACACUUUUAAUGGAAAGUUCAAUGCUUUAUCCUCCCUAAUUCUUGACCAUGGAGUCGAGUCCAGUCCUCGAGAGGAGUUUCUGAGCCUUUUAGGUGGUGCAAGAACAAGUCCAGCCAUCCAUCAAUUUUUAGUCAACUCACUUGGUGAAGCGGGCAUUAAGAGGGUAGCAAAGGCGAUUAAUUUUGCUGGAAAAGAGCUUCAACUGGUAGUGCAUGAUCAUCUACAGCCUGCUGCAGAAAUUAUUGGAUUUAGAAUCGGAGAACUUCAAGCCCUUUCCAAAUGGCGUGCUCGUUUUCAAGGUAUUGGUUUGGAUGAGAAGUUAAUGGAUAAUGCGACAGAAAAUACUGGAAUGUUUCUUAUACAAGUUGAACGGUUCAUGAGGGUUUUGUCUACUGUCAUCCAGCAGUUCUCAAACUUUUUCAGUUGGCUUCUGAAAUCUGUGAAGAUUCUGAUGUCUGAACAAAGUGAUCAGCUCCAGCCAUUCAGCAGCAGUGAGCUUGUCAUUAUAUUCCUCAAGUUUCUCUAUGACCAAGAUCCUAUCAAACAGUUGCUAGAAUUGCCUGAAGGUGAUCAUGCCAUAGAAGUAGACUUGGAAACAUUGCAAAGAAUUAAAGAGCUGUCACAUUUUGGUGGAUUCUUAGAUACUGGAUUCUUGAAAAGGACGUUAGCGGAAGAGUUUCAACGCAUGGAGUAUUGUUUCCAGGAGGCUUUUCAGAUGCCUUUUGCUACUAUUUCCAAGAAAAUACAAUGUAAGGAUCUGCUCCCUCUUUUUCCUAUGGCUGCUUCAAAAUUCGAGUCCCCCAUAAUCCCGGCAUCCAUAUCAUAUUACAAGGAAGAUUUGCAUGAGGUUUCUGAUUGUGAAACAAGUCAACAUACGCUUAUUGACUACAUUUCAUUCAGAGUACCUUAUUCUUCCAGCUCAAGUAUAUCAAAUUGUGUUGGCAUAGUGAGGGGGGCCAUACUUGAUAUGGGCAAUUCGGACAAUGUGCAUGCUUCAUUAGAAGCUUCCUUCUUAUGCAUUCCUGAUGGCUACCACUGUGUGGAUUUAUCAUUAUAUAAGGAUGCCCAACUUGUUUUAUUGUUAGAAGAAAAAAAUAGCACUGGUUCUGAGAUAUGUGGAAAUGCUUCUAUGAUGAUGAUUCUCCAAGCUGCGGACAUCCCAUUUAUAUCUAUUUCAAGAAGAUCUUUAAGUCUGAAUUCAUGGAAGCUUCUUGAACUUAAGGACUGUUUCAUGCAGCUUACACUGCAAAGUGAAAAGGUUCGAGGAAUACCUCACCCUGUUAUACCACCCCUGGCAGUAAGUGCUUCAAGAGGGGUGGCUUGUGUUUUUGCUGCAAGAAAACGUGCUCUGGUUUACAUCCUGGAUGAAGAUGAGGAGGAAGACAAUGAAGAUGAGGAGGGAGAGUGAAGAGGCCAUAGUGUGAUUCCAUGUAAAGUUUAUGUAUUCUUUUCUUUCACUUGUCCUUGUGUAAAAACCAUACUGAAAAAUGUUUAUACUCAAUUUGAAAGUGAUGUAAUUCUUUAACCUUUGUCCUAUAAACCGCAAAAGUUAAGAAAAUGCACAUAUUUUAGUGAGAGGAAUAGGAAUUCAGUUUCAGCAAUACUUGGGCCUGGUUUGAUAAAGUACUGCAUGUUCAAAUAGGUUUUCCAUCCAUCACCAACUUCCUAAACUUUGCUUGUUCAGGGGGGUGUUACUUGAG